CCUGUUUCCUUGGUCCCAAGUUGCUCUGUUUUCAAGACUUCAAGACAGAGGAGUGGCUCCCCAUUCCCCUAUAUAUGUACGAAUAACAUCAACCAACCUUUCACCGUAAACUUCACCUCCCCCUCCGUUUAGCCACACAGCCUCACACUCCAUUUAUAGGACACAUAAAUCAGUCCUCUGUCUCGUUCUUCUUCUUCUUUGAUUUAGUUAGGGGUUCUUGUCUAUCUUUGCCUUCCUCCCUGCACAACAAUGGCGGGAAGUGGAGUUUUUGCAGAGAUUUUGGAUGGGGAGACAGGCGUGUUCAAGUACUACUCGGAAGAGGAGUGGAAGAAGUCUUCCAGUGGGAAAACUGUUGGUAUUGUCAACCCGACUACCCGGAAGACCCAGUUCAAGGUCCAAGCAUGUUCGCAAGCGGAGGUGAACAAGGUGAUGGAGAUAGCGAAGAUUGCACAGAAGGCAUGGGCGAAGACUCCGUUAUGGAAGAGAGCUGAGCUCCUUCACAAGGCUGCUGCCAUCCUCAAAGAGCACAAAUCCCCCAUUGCUGACUGCCUUGUCAAGGAAAUUGCUAAACCUGCCAAAGAUUCAGUCACCGAGGUAGUGAGAUCUGGGGAUCUGAUAUCUUACUGUGCGGAGGAAGGAGUUAGGAUUCUUGGACAGGGGACUUUCUUGGUCUCUGACAGCUUCCCCGGAAAUGAGAGGACCAAGUACUGCCUCACCUCUAAGAUUCCGCUCGGAGUUGUUCUGGCCAUCCCGCCAUUCAACUAUCCGGUGAACCUCGCGGUCUCGAAGAUUGCACCUGCUCUGAUUGCUGGAAACUCCCUUGUCCUGAAACCCCCAACUCAGGGAGCGGUAUCUUGCCUUCACAUGGUGCACUGCUUCCAUUUGGCUGGUUUCCCAAAGGGCCUCAUCAGUUGUGUUACUGGAAAAGGCUCCGAGAUCGGUGACUUCCUGACCAUGCACCCUGGUGUUAACUGCAUAAGUUUCACCGGUGGAGAUACCGGGAUAUCCAUAUCAAAGAAAGCUGGAAUGAUUCCUCUCCAGAUGGAAUUGGGUGGAAAAGAUGCUUGCAUUGUUCUAGAGGAUGCUGACUUAGACUUGGCAGCUGCUAACAUUGUCAAAGGAGGCCUUUCAUACAGUGGUCAGAGGUGCACAGCCGUUAAAAUUGUGCUGGUUAUGGAAUCGGUGGCUGAUGCCCUGAUGGAGAAGGUGAAUGCAAAGGUGGCGAAGCUGACAGUAGGCCCACCAGAGGAUAACUGCGACAUAACGCCGGUGGUGUCGGAGUCUUCUGCGAAUUUCAUUGAGGGGCUUGUGAUGGACGCGAAGGAGAAAGGGGCCACCUUCUGUCAGCCUUACAAGAGAGAAGGCAACCUCAUAUGGCCUCUGUUGCUGGACAAUGUAAGGCCUGACAUGAGGAUCGCCUGGGAGGAACCGUUCGGUCCAGUCCUGCCCGUCGUCAGGAUUGGCUCAGUUGAGGAAGGGAUCCACCACUGCAAUGCUAGCAAUUUCGGGCUCCAGGGUUGUAUCUUCACCAAGGACAUCAACAAGGCAAUGAUAAUCAGCGAUGCCAUGGAAACUGGAACUGUUCAGAUCAACUCGGCACCAGCUCGUGGACCGGACCAUUUCCCCUUCCAGGGCAUCAAGGAUAGUGGAAUAGGUUCACAGGGCAUCACCAACAGCAUCAACAUGAUGGUGAAAGUCAAGAGCACUGUCAUAAACCUGCCCUCUCCAUCCUACACCAUGGGCUGAAGCAAAGAUCAGUUUUACUGCUUAUGUAGUAGAUGAUGACGAAUAUAAUCUCUUUUCUCGUAGAAAGCUUGCAACUGUUUGAGUCCGAAACCGGCUAGUGGUGUCGUGAACUAUCCCAAUCCUGUUUUUGUUGAUAAAAACAUUUUAUCAAUGUACCAGAAUAAAAUAUUAUUAGCCUUUUUGUUCAUGUAAUGAUAUGAUCAUUAGUCCA